AUGAUGGCUUGCUCAGAACCUGUGAGUUCAGUGGUAGAGAAUAUGUCAGUGGCUACUGCACCCAGGAAGCCUCGGAUUUUACUUGCUACUAGUGGGAGUGUUGCUGCGGUUAAAUUUGCAAAUCUUUGUCAUUGUUUUUGUGAAUGGGCCGAAGUAAGAGCAGUUGCCACAAAUCCAUCUUUGCAUUUUAUUGACAGAACAACGAUUCCCAAGGAUGUGAUUUUGUAUACCGACAAUGAUGAAUGGUCUAGUUGGAAGAAACUAGGCGAUAGCGUGCUUCACAUUGAGCUUCGCAAAUGGGCUGAUAUCAUGGUCAUUGCUCCAUUAUCGGCAAACACUCUUGGCAAGAUUGCUGGAGGGUUGUGUGACAAUCUAAUGACAUGUAUUGAGUUUUUAGAGCAACUACGUGUAGAGAGGAUAAAGGAGAUUCUUGAUCACAAUUGGUUAAGUGCAUCUAUUAUCACUGUAUUUUCCAGGUAUUUGUAUGACAAGUUUAUUAGUCCAAAUGGAUUAAUAAAUAAGUCCAAUUGUUGUUCAUUUCUAGAUACUUGA